UAGGCAACCACUCGCCACUUGCUGUUAAAAGUUGAAUAUGAAUAGAGGCCGAUUAUAUUUUGCUUAUUUGAUCUAUCUUUGUCUCUGCGUGUCUACGUUGCAUGCCAACAUUAUUUGCAAACCCUCUCCGCAAAGUGACGUAGAAGAACCGGAAGAUGCUGAUAAGCCAAUAGAUAGAGCCAACGGGCCGGGCUAUGCCAGACCUAAGCAGAAAACUUUUAUACGGAAUCCCAACUAUAUAUCCAUUAACAAAAAGUUAGAUAAUUUGGCCCAAAAUAUGUACAUUGUGGAAUUGCCCUUGCCACAUCCCGGUGCCAAAGGCGGCAGUUCCCACGGCUGCGAUCAGUUCGACAUUGUAGAAAACUUCCGAACAUCACGACGAAAGUCACCACUGGGAUGACAACCGCAGGAAAACGCAGCUAAACCUUAUCGUCCCAAAAAGUAAAUUACACAACUA